UACUGAUCACAUUAGACGAUGUUAUAGACAACAUGCUAACGAUGUAUGAGAAUCACAACUCUGUGGCUGCUGAACGCAAGGCUACUUACACUGGUGGCCCGGUACCUAUGGAGUUUUAUAUGAGCCAAGAAUUCUACUGUGGCAAAAACGUGUACAUCUUCAUGUCGGAGUUGUACAGCGACAUUUACAACAUGGGUCGAGGCGUUGCUCCCUACUGCAAAGACAGGUCAUUUGUCUUCCUGGGUUUCCUGCACUUCCAUGAUGAGGCCAAGUACUACUUACUGGACGAUCCGAGCAUCUCCUUUCCAACUGACAAUUAUUUGCAUGGUUUGGAGUGCCAUAUGGGUAUUUGUGUGUUCAGGUUCCCAUUCAACAAGCUCCUCCAAAGAGUGCGAGACGUGUCCGCUCUUCCGAAGGCUAUAGUCAAAUGUGGAACAGAGAUGUAUAAACUGCCACCGCUGUCUGCUGCCUCCUGCAUCAUCACGUCAGGGUCUUUUAUUCUGGACUUUAAUAUACAAGGAGUCCGGUACAGACACUAUGACUAUUUGCUGACUAUACCCAACGGCCACACCUACUACACAAAGGAGCCUCACUCCCCUCUGAUCUGCGACCACCACGUGUGCGAAUGGAAUUACACCAACCAUUAUGGAGGACCAUUCCUAAUUCCUGGUGAUCCGGGAACCGGGAUUGAUCCAGUGCCCCCCUACAUUGAGCCUACACCAAAGCCAGAAGGAAAUCCCGAAGAGGAGAACAUUACUGUCCCUUAUCUCCUGGACGGAUGCUUGUUCAUGUACCCGCCGAACUACGGUUCCAUCGCGGGCAAGAGCUACUUGGACACCAUCGACCUUCACGACGACCGGUUCACUUGCAACGCCGCUGGAGGGAACAAAGGUCUGUAUUGGUACCCACAAUGGAUGGGCGCAAUGCCCCACCACCCGUACCCCGCUAUGGGCGAAGAAAAGGACGCCUUCGAGGCGCCCGGACCCUUCUACCCACACCAACAAGGAUACGACAUGGACGAACAGGACAUCGAAUAAUAUAUUUAUUUGUAACACUUUUGUUUCAUUACUAACACUAUAUUAUUGCGAGUAGUGUUAUUUGAUUGAUAAAUUAAAAGUGAUAAAAAUCCGACGAAUUAUGGACGGAGGCGAACUAACUGGCAACGAAAA